GGAGGUUCCUGGCCCUCUCCGGGCUGCGCGGGGCCGGGGUGGCGGCGGCGGCGGCGGCGACAGGAGCAGGAGGAGGAGAAGGGAGGCGGUUGUGCAGCCCGCCCGCGCACGCAGGAGGGGACAUGGACGGCGAUCGGACCGAGAGCGACUGGCAGGGGCUGGUGAGCGAGUACCUGGUGUGUAAACGGAAGCUGGAGAGCAAGAAGGAGGCUCUGCUGAUCCUCUCCAAGGAGCUGGACACCUGCCAGCAGGAGAGGGACCAGUACAAGCUCAUGGCCAAUCAGCUGCGAGAACGGCAUCAGUCCCUGAAGAAGAAGUAUCGAGAGCUGAUUGAUGGAGAUCCAUCACUUCCCCCUGAAAAGAGGAAGCAGGCUAAUCUUGCACAGCUGCUGAGAGAAUCGCAGGACAGGACUAAGCAUCUGGGAGAAGAGAUUAAAGAACUUCGGCAGAGGCUUGGCGAGGUCCAGGGUGACAAUAAGCUGUUGAGGAUGACGAUUGCCAAACAAAGGCUUGGAGAUGAAGAAAUCGGCAUGAGGCACUUUGCAGCCCACGAGCGGGAAGACUUGGUUGAGCAGCUGGAGCGGGCUAAGGAACAGCUGGCCACCGGAUGCCCAGGUUUGAGUGGCUUGGAACCACGUGAAUUUGUAACACUCUAGGAUCAGCUUGCCGUUUCCAUGCCUGUGAACGAGGGCAAUGUGCACGGUUUAGAGGCCAGGCUCUUCCACCCAUCCAUGAUAAGUGUCUGGCUGGAAAGUGUCCCCUUGCUCCACCCUUACCCAGCCUGCAAUACAAUGUGGUGUGGUGCGCAAUACACUUUAGCACUUGAAUAGUACCCAUAAGCCUCCACGCUGGCCAAUCGUGUGGAAGUUGCAUCCCUAGUCCAAAAGCCUACGUUUGAGAAGCUCUGUGACAUUCCUUGGAUUUCAGAUAGAGUCGUUGGAGCAUGACCUACAGGCCUCAGCGGAUGAACUCCAGGAUGUCAAGGAAGAGCGGGCUUCCUACCAGGACAAAGUGGACAGACUGAACCAGGAGCUCAACCACAUCCUGGGUGGUCAUGAGAACCGAAUUAUCGAUGUGGAUGCACUGUGCAUGGAGAACAGAUAUCUCCAGGAGAGACUGAAACAACUCCACGAGGAGGUCAGCCUUCUGAAAUCGAACAUUGCCAAGUACAAGAAUGCUCUCGAGAGACGGAAAAACUCCAAGAGCCAAGGCAAAUCCAGCAGUAGUGCUCUGACUGGGGUCUUGUCUGCAAAGCAAGUUCAGGAUCUGCUCUCUGAAGACCAUGGGUGCAGCCUCCCAGCUACUCCUCAGUCCAUCGCUGACCUGAAGUCUUUGGCCACUGCCCUGCUGGAGACGAUCCAUGAGAAAAAUAUGGUCAUUCAGCAUCAGAGGCAAACCAACAGGAUCCUAGGGAAUCGAGUGGCAGAGCUGGAGAAGAAACUAAGAACUCUGGAAGUUUCUGGCUUGUGGAGUCUUCCAGGCCUGAGCUACAAUGUUUCAGUCGGAUUCGGGAGGGGCAAGGACACCAUACUGCUCAAUGAUCAGACUCUCCCCACCAUACAGAGGUCAAAGUCCCCACUGUUGAAGUUUGUGGAACAGUCCACCGACAACAAGGAGAGUGCCAGAGAUGGGGAGAUUCAGAAGCAGGAAGAUGAAAGCUGCGCAGCUGCUGAGGCACUGGCAGAGCCUGAGGAUGCUGGAAAGCCUGCUGUCAGCUCCACAGCCCCGCUGAGCCACGCGAACCAGCAGCACUUGGACUUUCAUCAUCCUCCUGUACCCCAGCCACCUUCAGAAGAAGUAAACACGGUGGGGAGGGAGAGUAUUCAACUGACUGAUGGGCAGCAGGCUGCAGACCUGGAGGAGGUCCCAAGGGAGGCUCCCACGGAGGAACAGAAGUGUGAGCCGGGGCUGCCCCCAUCGAGCCUGGCCUCCCAGGAGGAAUGCACCACAACUUUCCAGGACCACUUGCCUUCCACACAGCCAGAGGUCAAAGCAUCCAGUGUGGGAGGUAACAGAGGCAUCUCAGAGGGCGGAGACACAAGGAGUACUGUGCAUACAUGAGGGGCAGAGAGACUGACAGGGUGACACACUGAUGGCACCAGGGAGAGCGAGGAAAGGAAAGGCUGAGGCCUCGGAACAGUCACAUCCAAGCCCCUUUCCGCUAAACACCUACCUUUCCUGUCUGCAAACGAGAGAACGCUCUGAUCCUGCUAUGAGCUGGGAGCACCCAAUGGUGCCAGUCCUGUCUGAUUUAUUAAAGCUGGCCCGUGAGCUUCUCGGUGUCACCUAUGUCUGCUGAAGACGUGCUGCUGUGAACAUGGCUGGGCACGGGAAUUGUGGUUGCCAUAUGGCUGCCUUUCUGCAUCCCUCCUCCUGUCAGCAUUUGUUUUAUUAGAGAGAAGAUGUUUUUCUAUUAGCAUUUAAUGUUGUCCAUCAAGAUGAUGGGACAAGCUAGGAAAGCAAGGGUUUGUUUUUUUUCCCUGGGUCUCAGUCUUGGGAAUAGCUAGGUGGCUAGAAGGAAAGGUGUAAUUGAAUGAAAUGUGUUCAUGAGGCCAUGGGUGCACUUUGUCAUGUAGUGGUCUCGGAGGAUCCGCCAGCAAUGGAAAGGCUUGGCACUCAGUGUUUCACAGUGGCAGGCAGGAGGAACGAGAGCAGGCUGGGAAAGGUAAGCUAGAGGUAGGAGAGGCUGUUUGCUGACUGAGUACAGAUCUCAGUGUUCUACCCUAGGUCUGGAGGGAUGGGUAACAAACAACUGCCAGGAGCAGGGGACUUUUUAGUGGUACUUUGAUUUUUGCAUUAUUGCUUUUUAGAUGAUAGAAAUACUAGCCAUCUUUAUCCAGCCAAAGCUGCGGAUAGGAUGGUGUGGUUAUCUGAGGUUUGGGAAAAGCUUAAUAUUGCCCCAGUUCCUUACAUCACUGAAGAAGCCGAAAGCAUUCACUCCAUCAAUAGAAUUUUGCAUCUAGGCCUCCAGGGGCCAGAAUUGAUCUCAGAAACUCCAGCUAGAAAGAACGCAGAGGAGAAAUGCAUUCCCAUUCAUCGUAAACCCUGUCUAUGCCCUGGGACUCUCCGGGACAAGGACAAACCUGACGGGAGCCCCAAUGUCCUGUUUAUCUCUAUUUCAGUCUGUCCCCUGCCCCUGAAGGCCAACCCUUUAGGGAAGGAGGCCCUGAGGCUGCAAGUUUACACAGGCUAGUAGUCCCGAAGGUGCCUUUUUUCAAUGGAUGGGGGCCACAGCUAGUUUUUAGGUGCCUGUGGUCAGUAUUGCUGCAUAGGACACCAGAAUGGCUAAGGGAAACCCAGCCAGAUGUGACUCAGAAAAAAUAAACACUCUCACCUCCCAGAAGCUCUGGUUUGGACACACAUUCAACAGGUACACUUCUUUGUGGCCAUUCAUCAUUUUCAGGUAAAGGGGGUUUAUAGUAAACUCUAGCACAGUCUAGUAGGGCAAGAAACUGCAGUGAGCCCCAGGGUCUGUGCUUUAGGGAGACAGGAUAAUAGGGGUCUGUAGCUUGAGCUCAAUGUAUACAUCCAGAUGGAGAGAGCCAUUAAGCUGAUGUUGUUAUAUAUAUGUAACUAUGACAACAAUAUCCCCACUUCUGCUGUGUCUACCCAACAUGGUUCUUCUACUCUGUAGACAUUAAAGAGAGUCCAGUCACUA